CGAGCUACUGUCAUUGAGGGCUCGCUUCUAUCGUCAAGAUCGUAUUUCAUGCCCAGGACCGUGAUGGAUGCACAACGAGAGAUGGACGGUCAGAGAACACUGGAUGUGGAUCAGAAAGCUGCGGCCCAGAUAAACGACAGAGAUGUCCACAAGCUGCUGGUUAAAGAAGAGGGGCCGCCAGAGAAGAGGGAUUGGAUCCUCAGGCGGCACCGGAGAGAACCAUGCCAAAUUAAAGAGGAGGAGCAGGAGGAGGACAUCACCAAGGACUGCUCAAAUUCUUUACUGACAGAGGGUGAGAGUGGAGGUCUGUCCUCACAACUUCAUCGGCAAGAGAGGGACCCUUCACAAUGCUCCUCAACUCAACACCUGAAGAGAGAAGUUCACGGAGGACCAGAACCAGCCUCAGACUCAAAUCCACAUCUAAACUCUGGACACCAGAGGUCGCUGUCUUCUGAAUCUGACACUGAUGACAGUGAAGACUGGAGGGAAACCUGCACCCCUGUGUGUUCAACCUCUGCAGAAAACUCAACCACCUGUGAUAAAACAGGGGUUGGUCAAUCUCUCACAUGCAUAGGCUGUGGGAGAGUUUGUUCCUCCAAGAGAGGACUGAAUCUGCACAGAAACGCCUGCAGCGGAGGGUCUUUUACUUGCACAGUUUGUGGAAAAUGUUUCACUCAACGAGCUUCGCUGAAAACUCACAUGAGAAUCCAUACUGGAGAGAAACCCUUUGAGUGUUCUUUCUGCGGUAAAUGUUUCAAUCAGAGAGAAUAUUUGAAGACUCACGUGAGAAUUCACACUGGAGAGAAACCCUUCGAAUGCUCCUUCUGUGGUAAAUGUUUUAACCAGAGAGAAAAUCUGAAGACGCACAUGAGGAUUCACACGGGGGAGAAACCUUUCCGCUGCUCUCACUGUGGCGUAUGCUUCAGUUGGAGGGAAACGCUAAAGUAUCACACUAGAAGCCACACUGGAGAAAAACCAUACACCUGCCUAGAAUGUGGGAAAAGUUUUACUGCAUCAAGUCAUCUAAAGAGACACGAGAGAAGUCACACAUAAGAAUAAUUUUGAAGCGGCAUUUGUUAGUACGAUGUGAGUCCCAUGUUCUUAAAAUUUGGGACUUCAGUCGGAUUUCUGACACAGCAAUGUCUCACCUGGGAUCCUUUGUGUUAGCUAAAAUAAAUCAAGUGUAUUAAUUGCACAUCAUGAUGUUGCAAGACAGUUGAAGCUGCUUAUUGGAGUAAACAUUUCACACCAAGGGAAGAGGGCGUCUUUUUCUGGUUGUGU